UUCCAGAAAUUUCACCAUACAAAGCGCAAGACUUCAGCUUACUGAAGCCCGGCACAGCUAAAGCAGCCGCCAGCAAAGACAAGAACAAUAUUGACCAACAGAAAGCGAAACCUCUACCAGUAGCGGCUGCCACCAACAUCUUAAGGAACAGCACCACGGAGAGCGUUGGUAACGCCAGCAGCAGCUCCCGCGGUGAGUGCCUAGAUGCCUGCAGCCACGAGCCGGGAGGUGCUGGUAUCCCGCAGAGGGCACAGGCGGCUGUAUCUGCCGUGUUGACGACACAUUUUGGGCCGACCAAAGAUCAGAUGAUUCCCUUCGAUCUUGAGCUAUUGGAUUUGGCCGACAACUACGACAACACAACUGGCAUGUUCAUCUGCACCAUUCCGGGCACCUACGUUAUUUCCCUGUACCUGAUGUCACAUCCGGGGGCAAAGGUCAACGCUCGCGUCCUCAUCAACAACCGACCAAUAGCUGCCCUGUGGGCCGACGACGCCAAAAACGCUGGCUUCUACCCGUCCAGUUCAACCCAGACGAUCGCCCAGCUGGCCUUUGGUGACCAGGUGUACGUCAUGCUGGUGGACGGUGGCUAUGGCGACAGUUGGGUCCAUGCCAAUUAUAACGUGUUUACUAUUUUCUUGCUGUACGAACAAAUGUUUUAA